AUGUCAUUUCAGCUGCCAGUCCUUGAAAUGCCUCUGGGACUGUGUCCAUCUCCGCCGCCUCCUCCAGCGCCCCCGUUUCCACGACCAUGUUCCACGCCUCCCGGAGACUCUUUCCACCUGCUGGCCGGUGGACCAACUUGCCUCGGGCAAAUCGGUCUUAGGCACCGACAGCAACGACAAGCGGCCUCCGUGUUGCCUCAGUCGCCAGGGCUAGAGUGUCCCGACACAUGCUCGACGCCAGGCCUCCGAGGUGAUAUGGGUCCUGCCAAGGCCACGGUGAUUUCCGCCCGACUCGAGUCGAUCUACCAAGACAUGCACAACCGAGCCGUGAGAGGACUCGAGCCCGGUCUCCCGGUCUCCGGCUCCGAGUACCAACGUGAAGAGCGCUCCGGUCUGACUAAUUCCUGCCCAUCCGGACGACCUGAUGAAGACGAAAAGCCCACGCCGAGCCGUUACAACGUUUCGGUCGCUUCAGUCGCCUCAGUUGGUACCACACGAUCUCUCGACUACCUGGACCCCGCCGCCUCACCGUUGCUUACGGCGCUUAGGAACCGAAUGUUCUGCACCGGCCCAACCAACUCGGACUCACCAGCCGGUUGUCCCGCCUCUUGGCAACAGACGUCCGAGCGGGUGGCUGCUGUGGACGGCCAAUUUUUCGGUAUCACUUCUCCCGCCGGCCAUUUCAUCCGAGCCCCGAGGGACUCAGACGCCGGCUGCGAAUUACAACCAACUCUAUCCGACGAUCUCUGUCCGACUGUGCAUAAGCGCCAUUUGUUCACUCCCAUCGGCGGCAGUCUGGAUAGAUCCGUGAUGCUCCAGCUUCGGCAACAGCAUGCCUGGCGGACGAAUCAGGAGAAGGGACAGUUGCCAGGUCUGCGAGCGUCCGUCAAGUCUCUGGCCAACCUCGAUCGAGACCGCAUCCUCUGCCCUGACGACGAGGUCACCUCUCAGAAGCGUCAUGUGGACGAGGCAAAACGGGCUCCAGCUUUGCCCUAUUCGGCCGGCGCCUCUGACUCCCGCUGCCUCAGUCGAACGAGACCGAGUCAUGGUUUCGGUGGAGAUCGCCGAAUGUCCCAGCUCUACUCUCGAAUCACAUCUGCCCAAUGCUCUCAGUUGAGCGCGUCUUAUGGACAGACGAAACGACCAACUCGUGCGUCGAGUGCGACCACUUCGAGGGCUCUUUCCACGACCGGCAUCGUGACGAGGUCGGCCGAAUCAUCCCAGUCUCUGGCCGGACCCACGACCCCCGAGGCAUGCUUGGCUGGUCUGGGAAAGGGCGAGACUGGCAGCUUUUUGUCACGGGCCACUUCAGAAAAGAUGGUUAAUAGUCCCGUGACCAGCCGGGUUCGUCUUGUCAAACCGGCCCUCAAGCGAUUCACGAGGUUUUCGUCACAAGAUCCCGCAAAUUCGGCCAACUCGGAGCCAAACAAGCGGAAGGGACUGCUCAAAACGCAUACCCUUCCGGAGCCUCUUGGCAACCGACCUUUUGUACAGCCGGGCAAAAGUGCACUGGCAAAGACGACCAGUCAACAGGGUCCAGGAGAGAAGGGUAGGCCGGCCGGUGAUGGGCUGGAGGGCCGUGAGACCGGGUGA